CCGGUCCCAUGGGAGCCCGGCGGGCCGGCGGAUAUACCCAUGGCUUUCAGCCCGGGGCUGCUGGUGGUGGCCGGGUCCUUCGCCGCUUUCCGCCUGUUCAACCGGGGGCUGGAGCGGCUCGUGCCGCCGCCGCCCUCGGCCCGGCGCAACCGCUGGAAGUGGCGCAACAUCUGGACAUCGCUGACGCACAGCGUGCUCAGCGGCGGCGGGGCGCUGGCCGGGUUCUACCUCCACCCCGACAUGUCCAAGGACCUGGUGGGCACACACCCGCCCGGGGCACACAGCCUGGUCGCCGUGUCUGUAGGAUAUUUCCUUGAAGACUCUGUGGACUUGUUGUGCAAUCAGAAGCUUCAUCAGUCCUGGGAGGUGCUCUUUCAUCACACUGUGGUCAUCAUCUGCUUCGGUAUUGCCGUGCUGCUCCACCAGUACGUCGGCUUUGCCCUCGUGUCUUUACUGGUGGAGAUCAACACCAUCUUCCUCCACGUGCGGCAGAUCCUGCUCAUGGCCAACCUGGUGCACACCACCUGCUACCGCCUCAACAGCCUCGUCAACAUUGGCACCUACGUGGUGUUCCGCAUCGCCACGCUGGCCUGGAUGACCCGCUGGCUCUUCCUCAAUCGCCAGAACGUUCCCCCGGCCGCCUACGCCGUGGGCACGGUGGGCAUGGCAAUCAUGAUGCCCAUGAACAUCAUCCUCUUCUACCGCCUGCUGCGGAGUGACUUCUUCAAAUCCAGACGGGACGUGCAGCGGGAGAAGGAGGAAUAGCCCCCUCCCCUGCGAAGGAGGGCAGGCCCAAGCCCGUGGAGCAAGUGGAGGGUGAACGUGGCCGUUUCAGUAUCUUGCAGGGAGGGGCUGCACUAACAGAGCAUCCAGGCUUUUCUUGUGGCUCAAAAUCCUGGGCCCUGCACAGCUGAGGAGGUGCUCGUGGACCAGGCACUGUGGCCCUGCUCCCCGAACACUUUGGGAAUGAUGUGGUCGGACAAUUGGGAGCUGCUCAGAGAAGCCUCGACGGCUCUCACAGCUCCCUGAGGCGCCACUGAGACGAGAAGGGAGCAGAGCAGCAUUGUUUCCCCACUGCUCUUCCAGACAUUCCAACACCACAGGGUGUUUCCAAUCCCCCUGGUGCUGCAACUCCCAACAUCCCAUCAGCCACGGGACACUGAGCUCUCUGUGGCAUCUCCUAUGGGACCACCACCAGCAAAGACAGGCCCCAAGGCUUUGCCUUGGAGCUGAUGAUGACUAAAAACCAAACCCUGCACUGAUGAGCCCUCCCCGAGGAGAUUGCCCCAGGAUGACACCUGGCUGGGUGCCUGCUGCCCGCUGUGGGGUGCAGGUCGGGGGCAGCCCCAACCUCUCCUGACAACUGGAGCUUUUCCCCUGUCGUUUUGUCCCCAGGUAAUUUAAGUGCCCAUAAAUGAGCAUGGGAGGGUGCGAGUGGCUGGCGGGAGGAUGCUGUAUGACGGUCACUCCCCACAGAUGUGGGGUUUUCGGGCACCUUUUAGGAUUCAGGCAUCUAUUAGGAAUGCCGAGUAGUGCUGCAGAGCCCAGUGUAAUGCUCUCACCCGGCAGCAAAGGCUCUUACUAACACGAGCUUGUAAUCAAUGGCUGCAAAUGAAGUGGCUUGAGGGGAAAGGACAGAGGGACAAAGGGACACAGCAUCCCAGCUCACUCUGGGGGUGUCACUGCUUAGCACAGUCCCUACUCUGUGUCUCUCUGCCAUGGAGUGAAAAUACACUGUACACUGGCACACUCUACUUCUCUUGUUGGGGUUUUUUCCCACCCCUCUCCUUUCUGUGAACAAGGUUUUUAAAUGCUUUUCUACUCCACAUUUCCUUUUCCUCGCUGAUUCUCACUGGACUCCUCCCCAGCAGCUCAGCACUGUGUAUAUAACAGGAUCAUCCCACUUGGAGUUACGUGAACCAGUCUGGAGAAAUACACCAGGUCAGUCACGUUUCCUUUGUGUGGCAAAUGAGCUUUAGCACAAAAUCUCUCACUUCACUCACUUCACUUGAAGAGCUUGGGGUCAGGCUGGAGAGAGGCACUGCUCAGACAGGGUGGCACGUGUUUUGAGGGAGGAGACACAUUCCUGCUGGGCAGGGAAAGACGAGUGAUCUGUGGGCAGUGUGAGGCUGGAGACAACGCGUGGCCAAAGCUGCUUACGUUUCUAUUUGUGGAGAGCGGGGAAGCUUCCAGGUGCUGGGCACAACUACUCCAGGUUUGGGUACGUCACCUCACGCAGUGGUGAGGUGCCUGUGUGCCCCUCACUGCUCCCAGCUGGGGCAGAACUGUCACCCAGGGCUUUCUCUUGGCUUGACCCAUGUACUCCAAAUUUUCCAGGAGCUGCUCUGCUGAUCCUUGCCCUUAACACAGCCUCUGCAUCUGUUAAAAACGCUGUCUCUGCUCUCCAGCCUCUGCCCACACCCGGGCUGUUUCUGAAGGCCUGGAUUGUGUUGCCACAUUCCUGCUGUCACGUGGAUGUCCUGUACCCCGGGCACGUGGGGAUGGGGGCCAGGGGAGCCUGGUUGCGGCGCCUCUUAAUCCGCCAUGAUUUUCCCACAGGGCUAAGGUGGGAUAAGCAGUGGCUUUGCGGGUCACCGAGGUCAGAUGUGGGGAUGCCCUGUGCUUGUCCAUCCCGAUGGAAAGUGCCACAGCCUUGGCUUGAAAGGUUUUGGGACAGGACUCACCUGUCUUUUCCCACUGUAUGGCGGGGACCACAGGCCUAGAAGGAGCAUCUCAAUCAGGGAAUUAAUUACUGGGGAGCAAUGCCCCAGCCUGCCACCCAAUCACCCCUGCUCCAGCCCCAUCCAACAUCCCUCCAGAACAAGCCUCUGUCCCCAUGGGAGCCCAAACCCUGGCAAAGCUCUAAGGCAAGAGCCUGCCUGGCUGCUGAAUGGCCCUGACAACACAUCGAACCCACCUACAGCGAGCUGGGCCUCACGUUUUCACAGAUGCUGGGCAAGCACUGAGGGUUGGGGGGCACCUAUGCUCCUGGA